AUGAUCGGGAGUUGCCGUAAUUGCCCUUUAAACGAUCUUGAAUGCUCACUCAACGAAAGUAAAGUAGACGCGACGGACGAAAAAGCUUAUUGCAGAGACUUUUCUUUGUGCUCAUUUGAAAGUGGCUUUUGUGGUUUAAGCCAUAGCAAGAAUUACCAACUUAAAUGGAUCAGAAAUUCUGGAAAGACGAGUUCAGAUGGUACUGGACCACAAUCUGACCAUACCAGAUGUAACAAAAAGGACGGGGAUUACAUUUAUAUUGAUGCAUCAAAAGGCAAAAAGGGAGAUAAAGCAAGACUCGAAAGCGAUUGGCUAAGUGCUGGAGAAACGCUAUGUUUGCAGUUCUGGUAUCACAUGUGGGGAGUACGCAUGGGUACACUAAGGAUAUUAAUGAAAACCAACCAAUUUGAAAUAACUGUUUGGGAAGAAUUUGGCAACCAAGAGGACGAGUGGCAAUUUGGACAAACACCGUUAAAACCCGAUGGCCAAAAUCAGUACAAGUUCGUCAUCGAAGCAGAAACCAUAGACGGUGAUGAAGGCGAUAUAGCAGUUGAUGAUGUCAGACUUAACGAAGGAUCUUGUCAAAAAAUUAUUGAUAACCGUAAGUUCAAUCAGAGAGAUGUAAGGAAAUAG